UUUGAGAUAUCGUGCAUUUAAGAAAGAUACUACAGUUUCUUUAACAAUAAAUCUUUCCGGCUUUUUAGUUCCUCUGCUUUAACAGAACUUUUCCCCACAGUUGUAUUGCGAAAUUUUCUUUCCAUGGCACCGAUGUUAUUGGACUGAGUUUGUUUUGUGGUGAGAGCUUCUUAGUUUACUGGACGGCGGUCAUGCUAGAGCACUGCCCUGAAGAGUUUUGGUCGAACAAAUUGCCUCCAUUUAUUAUAGUAUUUUAAAGUCUGACAUUUCACCAUGAAGCUCCUGCUAGUUAUUUUGUCGUCUGUUGUUGUUGCUACUCAGGCAAUUACCUGUGCUCAGUACAGACUCGUGACGUUUUCAAGAGAUUUUCCUGCAUGUGAAAAGGAUGGAUCGUACUCCCGGCUGCAGUGUACAGGCCCAAUUUGCUUCUGUUUUACAUCUGCUGGACACUUGGUUGAGGACCUUUUCAUCAACAAGACUGAUUCGGUAGGCAUGGAUUGCAAUUGUGCUGUGGAAAAAACAGAAAGCAAAUUGAGAGGAGAAAACUCAAAACCUUAUCGGUGUCUUCCAAACGGCAAUUAUGACAAAGUUCAAUGUCAGGCUGACUCUUGUUACUGCGUAAACCCUAAGGGAAUUCAGGAAGGAGAUUCAGUACCUGUUGCACGCAUCCAUACACUUCCAUGUUAUGACAACAGAUCGUAGCUGUCUCAAUGGAUAGUGAAAGUCUCAGAAGUCAGAAGUUAUUCAUUGAAAUAAAGACAUAGAUCCAUUUCAA